CGACGACGACGACGACGACGACGACGACGACGACGACGACGACGACGACGACGACGACGACGACGACGACGACGACGACGACGACGACGACGACGACGACGACAAAGUGAAUCGACGAGUCGUUCUUUGAACGAGACCCACUGACCUAUCGACUCACUGAGCGGUUUCUUCUCCCCUCUUUCUAUCCGUCCACCCUUCGUAUACAACCCUCCUCGUCGUCAUCAACGUCGUCAUCGUCGUCGUCGUGUUGGUUGAUCGUCCUCGCGUCCAGGACGUUCUCCUCCUUCCCUCUUCCCUCCUCCUCCUCCUUCUCCUCCUCCUCCUCCUCCUCCUUCUACCUUUUUUCCCCUCCUCCUCUUUCUCAUCUAUCACGCUCGGUAUCGUUUUCAUCGGGUGCGUCGAACCUUUCGAACUUUACCGACGUUUCGUCCCUUCGAGUAUACGAAAGGUGAAAAAAGGCUGCCUGUAGCAGGUAUUCCGAAAAUCUCGAACGUAAUCGAUGUCACGUACUUCGAGAUCGAGAGAUCAUCGUGUUCGCUGGAACUCCAUGCCUUCUGACUGGAACUCUUUGAGAUCUUGUCAUAGUAGCGAGUAUCGAGAACCGCGAGAAAUUCGCGGUACGUCGACGAAAACAAGAACAAGGGAGGAAAAGUUUUGCAUCGCGAGGAAGAAAAGGACAAGCUCGCGAUUCGCGACGCCGAGGGCAUGGCGUCGAGAAUUGGCGCUUUCGACUUCCUGCCACAACUGACGCCGUUAUCCUUCGCGAGAUCGACGACUCCUCCUUCUCGUCGUCGCGUUCAACGAUAGGCCGAGCACGUCGAGAAGCGUAUGCCGCCUGUAUCGAUCGUUCGUUUGUUAAAUUAUUAAACACGUCGUUUACGAAGAAACAUAAGAGAAAAAGUCUGAUUUCGCAACAACAACAACAACAACAAUAACAACAACAACAACAACAAACAAGAAGAAACUACUGAUAAGAAGAAGGUAGUAAUCGAGAAGAGCAAUAGACACGACGUACGUAACUUCAAGUGAUAGAAACGCAAACGAGGGUUACGGAACGUGUCAGACUGACAUCGAGACAUUAAGGGGAAACUGUCGUCGCGAAAAACUUUAAGUAUUCACGGACGAGCGCGCGCGGCCGACCGUGAAACCGUCGUGCCGCUUUAAAAUCGAGACCGAUCGGAGUCCGGUCCUACAACGAAGAAAAGAACAAAUCAGCGGGACGAAGAGGACUGCGUUUGAGUCCUUCUCUAUCUCUCUUGGUCUUCCUCUUAUCGAUGAACUGAGAGGAAGAAGAAAAAAUAAAGCGACGAAGAAAGAAAAGAUACGUAACAAUAAAGCGAAAAAGGAAACAAAAAAUGGCAGAGAGUGCGGCGAGUCCAGGUAGCGUGCAGGUCGCUGCCAAUAGUCCGCAGCAACAACAACAGCAACAGCAACAGCAAACGCAGCAACCACCGGAUAUAAGCAGUUCGCAGCUAGCUUCGCCACCGAUCACGGGAACAGCCCAGAUCGAGAUAAUCCCGUGCAAGGUGUGCGGCGACAAGAGCAGCGGCGUUCAUUACGGUGUUAUCACCUGCGAGGGUUGCAAAGGUUUCUUCAGGCGGUCCCAAUCGUCCGUCGUCAACUACCAAUGUCCGCGGAACAAAAACUGCGUGGUCGACCGUGUAAACAGAAACCGGUGCCAGUAUUGCCGCUUGCAAAAGUGCCUACGCCUCGGCAUGUCCAGAGAUGCCGUUAAAUUCGGGCGUAUGUCAAAGAAGCAGCGGGAGAAGGUCGAGGAUGAGGUCAGGUUUCAUAGGGCACAAAUGAGAGCGGCCUCUGAAACGGCUCCCGAUAGCAGUGUGUUCGAGCAUCAAACGCCCAGCAGUUCGGAUCAGCACCACCCUUACAACGGCGGGUACCCGUACGGUGGGAGCGAGUACGCUUCGCCCGGACCCGGUACGGGUGGUUCCGGUUAUUACAAUCAUCAAGCGAUGACGAAUUACGAGCUGAGCGCCGAUUACGUCGACAGUACGACGGCCUACGACCCUAGGCCGACGCAGACGCAAGUGGCGGACACCGUCGCACCAGACACACCCUCCGCGGUUACGGCAACCGGAGUACUUCCCAGUGUGGUCACCACCGAUCCAGCACAGAUCAGUGAGCUCCUCUCAAAGACGAUAGCGGACGCACACGCGAGAACGUGCCUGGUGUCGACGGAACAGAUACAGGAGUCAUUCCGGAAGCCUCACGACCUCUCCAGAUUGCUCUACUACAAGAACAUGGCGCACGAGCAACUUUGGCUCGAAUGUGCCCAAAAGUUAACCACUGUUAUCCAGCAGAUCAUCGAGUUCGCUAAAAUGGUCCCUGGAUUCAUGAAGCUCUCGCAGGACGACCAAAUUGUUCUACUCAAGGCCGGUUCCUUCGAGUUGGCUGUGCUACGAAUGAGCAGGUACCUCGAUCUCCAGCAAAAUUGCGUCCUCUACGGCGACACGAUGUUGCCUCAGGACGCGUUCUACACGACGGACACGGCGGAAAUGAAGCUGGUUUCCUGCGUGUUCGAGCUGGCUAGAAGCGUUGCCGAAUUGAAGCUAACCGAAACGGAGUUGGCGCUUUAUAGCGCGGCGGUAUUACUCAGUCCCGAUCGGCCGGGACUGAAGGGAUUGGCGGAAAUCACGAGGCUUUCGCAGGCGGUGAUACGGGCACUGAGGUCGGAGCUGGACCGGAAUCACGUGUCACCGAUAAAAGGCGACGUCACCGUGUGCGACGCGAUCCUCGCGAAGAUUCCGCAACUGCGGGAGAUCUCGCUCUUACACAUGGACGCCCUGGCGAAGUUCAAACGGUCGCAGCCGCACCUCGAGUUUCCGGCCCUUCACAAAGAGCUUUUCAGCGUCGACAGCUGAACGAUCGACGCGACGCAGGGCGUCCCGACGCUGACAAACAAAGCGGAACGCGAAUAGCGCGGGGCCUUGCUCUGUCGAGAUAAUUUCCUUCGUAAAGAACGUAUUGGGCCUUAAAUAAACAUAACAUUGUUAUAUAUAAAGUAUACAUAAAAAAGCAACAUAAAGUAUAUAUAAAAGAUAUAUAGAAGUAUAUAUAUAUGUAUAUACACACACACACAUAUAUAUAUAUAUAUACAAAUAUAAGAUAUAUUAUAUAUAUAUAUAUAGAGAGAGAGAGAGAGAGAGAAAAAUCGAGCGUGAGAGUGUGCAAAAGUGUGACAGCGAACGGAACAAAAUGUAAGAGAACGUGAGAGAGUGAGAAUGAUAAGCAGAACAAAAUAUCGAACGAGAGCGUAAAGUGAGAUAUCGGUUGUUACGAUACAUACAUAAAGUAUAUAUUGUAUUAACUAACAAAAAAAAAAUAAAAUAAUCUGGUUGAGUCCACCAGGAUAGCCUUAGGACGAGUAUCGUUAACUCGAGGACUGCCGUAAACAUGAACAUUUUGACCGAGUCGCUAUCUCGACGUAGACACCGAAAUAUAUGUAAAUGCAGGCGAUAUAAAUGAAAAGAAAAAAAAAGAAAAAAAAAUAAACACGUAUACACACGAAGUGAGAAAGAUUGCAAGAUCGAACUAGAGAAAGACGGAAGAGAAACAAGAGAAAUCCAUUUGAUCGAGACGACAAAGACAACUAGAGUAACGACGAAGCCGAGAGGGUCGAGUCGAGCGUAUCGAUUAGAAGCAACGAUCUCCCCUUUUUGUUAUCACGAAAAUGAAACUCGAGACUAAAAGUUAAAAAGGAAAAAAAAGCCGAAAAACCUACGGAAAAGAAAAGAAAAAAAAAAAAAAAAGAAAGAAAAUAUUACAUAUACACGCAUGGCCGAUGCUCACGUUCGACCGAUCCUCCGACCUCUUCCAUUACACACCUUUCAGUAGUGAUUCGUUAGUUCUGAGCUACUCUAUGAAUAAUACAUUAUAAUUACAUAAAUAUGCAUACAUACAUAUAUAAUAAAAAAAAAUAAAAAAUAAAAAAAAAUAUAUUUUGGCGGCACGGUCAAAAUUCGUCAAUCCUCGAGCCCUCGAGCGGGGAUUAAAAAUACGUUUAGAUAAUUUUGUCCUGGGACUAGCCUGGACGGUCACAGAAUGCGAAACACGUACACGUACACGUACACGUACAGAAACACGUACAGAUCAUGCACAGAGAAAAUACAUACACGUGAAAAACACAGAUCCGUACGGAAAGGGACAGUACACGUACAUAUACACA